UCAUGACAGGAACAUGAAUCAAUAUUCAAUGCAAAUUCCAUUGACUCCUGACCUUCGCAUUUCUUAAAUCUAAAAUGGAAGGAAGAGAAGAAACCAUUUGGCUCACAGUCACUGAGCUGAGUAGCAUUUGGGGUAUUGAUUUGCUGGUUGUGAUUUGUGAACGACAUGGGCUCAACAAGUGAAACAGCUCCUCUCUUAGAGCGCAAAGAAGGGGGAAAGAGCGACAGUGCCUCAUUGAAUGAACUGACAGACCUUGAACGUGCUGAUGCAGCAGCAAAUGUGGGAUUUGCCAGGGUGCUGUCGCUUGCAAAGCCUGAAGCGGGGAAGCUGAUAUUUGCAACGCUGGCUCUUUUAAUUGCAUCAACAUCAGAUAUUUUAAUUCCAAAAUUUGGUGGGAAGAUAAUUGACAUUGUCUCGGGAGAUACUCAAACUCCUGAAGAUAAAGCUAGAGCUUUGGAAGCUGUCAAAAACACCAUACUGUACAUUUUUCUGAUUGUUGUUGUUGGAUCAGUUUCAACGGCACUUGAUGAUUGGCUUUUUUCCUCAGCCAGUGAAAGGGUUGUUGCUCGGCUCAGAAAAAGAUUAUUUAGUCACCUCAUAAUCCAGGAGAUAGCCUUCUUUGAUGUUACCCGUACUGGGGAGCUUAUGAGCAGGCUAUCUGAAGAUACACAGAUCAUAAAAAAUGCAGCAACUACCAAUCUUUCUCAUGCUCUGAGUAGCUUAUCGACUGCAUUUAUUGGUCUUGGCUUCAUGUUUUUUACGUCAUGGAAGUUAACAUUGUUGGCUUUAGCUGUCGUGCCUGCCACUUUUAUUGCUGUACGUAAAUUUGGUUGGUUCCUGCGUGAACUUUCUCAGAAAACUCAAGAUGCAGCUGCAGCAGCAGCUUCCAUGGCUGAGGAGUCCUUUGGUGCCAUAAGGACGGUAAGAUCUUUCGCCCAAGAAGAAUAUGAAAUAUCACGCUACUCUAAGAAAGUUGAUGAGACACUUAAGCUUGGACUUAAACAAGCUAAAGUUGUCGGACUCUUUUCUGGAGGCAUUUAUACAGCAACUUCACUGCCAAUUAUUUUAGUAGUUAUCUAUGGGGCUUAUUUGACCAUUACAGAUUCCAUGUCCCCUGGUGAUCUUGCGUCUUUCAUUCUUUAUAGUCUCACAGUGGGACAUUCUAUAUCUGGUCUCUCAGGAUUGUAUACCAUGGCUAUGAAAGCUGUUGGUGCAAGCAGGCGGGUGUUUCAACUUCUUGAUCGUGUAUCAUCAAUGCCAAUGUCAGGAAAUAAAUGUCCUCUGGGAGGACAAGAUGGGGAGGUGGAACUAGAUGAUGUCUGGUUUGCAUAUCCAUCUCGCCCUAGUCAUAUGGUACUUAAGGGAAUUACAAUGAAAUUGCAGCCUGGCUCAAAGGUUGCUCUUGUUGGUCCAAGUGGUGGUGGAAAGACUACAAUAGCAAACUUAAUUGAAAGAUUUUAUGACCCUAACAAGGGAAAGAUCCUGCUGAAUGGGGUUCCUCUGGUAGAAGUAUCACAUAAGCAUCUGCACAAAAAGAUCAGUAUUGUGAGUCAGGAGCCUGUACUUUUCAACUGUUCCAUAGAGGAUAACAUAGCUUAUGGAUUUGACGGCAAAGUUGAUCCUGCUGAUAUAGAAAAUGCAGCCAAAAUGGCAAAUGCGCAUGAAUUCAUAUCACAAUUCACAGAUAAAUACCAGACCCAUGUUGGGGAGCGUGGGGUAAGGCUUUCAGGGGGGCAGAAACAGAGAGUAGCAAUUGCCAGGGCUUUGCUUAUGAACCCAAAGAUUCUUCUCCUCGAUGAAGCCACUAGUGCCCUGGAUGCUGAAAGCGAAUAUUUAGUACAGGAUGCUAUGGAAUGUCUGAUGAAGGGAAGGACAGUUCUGGUUAUUGCUCACAGGCUAUCAACUGUGAAGCGUGCUGAUAAAGUCUUGGUCGUUUCUGAAGGUGAAAUUGUGGAGAGUGGCACCCAUGAAGACCUUCUCAGCAACAAUGGCGUCUACUCUGCAUUAGUCAGUAGACAGCUACAAACAAUGAAACCUGAGAAAUACAAAACUGAAGUGGAGACGUAUUAGAUUGAAUCAAAGGGUUACGCAUAGUGCUGGGCUUAAACUGUCACUUCCUAAUGCAAGCCCUUUUAUAAACACAGAGGACAAGCCCAAACCAUUCCUUACAAUCAUCCCCAGAACCUAUGUUACCAAGAAACAAGACUUAUAUUUAGCAUUUGGUAGAUAAGAAAGUGUUUUUUAAGGAAAAUGAAAUAUGUACCUAUCCUUUUUUCUAUCUAAAUGCAUUUUCCUUUUCCCUGA